AUGAGCAGGUCGAUAUUCGAAGGCCCUCAGCGGCGCUUGGUCGAGCUCUUAGUCUUGGCGUCAGCGGCAACAGCAGCAACCAUCAGCGUCGGAAGCACAUCACUCAGCCUGUCUAAUUUCCAGCUGAUUACAGAGCUCUCCGUUCCGCUGGGUUGCCUGUUGUCAUAUAACAAUCCCAUCGAAGGAUGCGAAGCCACCGACUUUGGUAGCACGGGAACGUGCUCCCAGAAAUGCAGAAAUGGCCUGACUCGCAUGCAAAGUAAUCUCCAGGACGUUUACGUCAUCGGCAGUGCAGACGAUAUCUACCACGACGAUAAUCAUUCUGCCUUCAACAACCGCUAUUGCUCCUCCUCCACCUCCGCCUCCGCCGGCUACGACGUCGGUCGCUCCACCGCCGCCGCCAACAACAUCAUUAUCAACAUCAACGCCUAUCAUACUUCCGCCGUCAAGCCAGGCGCCUCUGCCUCCGGCAACCACAGCGAUACCGCCAGUAUCUAG